AUGACCAGCGUCCCGCCGCCGUCAAAGAAAAUUCGCCGAUUCCACCAUAAAUCAAGGCCCGUCCUUCUGUCGCAGGUGUACGCGCGACCUGGAGCUCUACUGCCACUCCCGUGCCUCCCUCGUCUACAGAGUAUCUGGCGCGAAGCACUGCCAGAGCUGGCAGGAUCUUUUGCCUUUAUCAGCCAUGGACUGCUCAGCGUCGCGUACAUCCAUAUGGCGUCGCUGUCCCCGGAGACUUCGCGGAGCUUACUCGGAGAGUCCGCCUUCCACGUCGACCAGGCUCUUCCGCAGUAUUUAGAAGUCAUCAAGAACAUCAACAAGGACAAUACCGCCGCACUCUUUGGCUUCGCCAUGUUCAUUAAUGUGAUCACCGUGGAGAGUGUUAGCGAGGAAUGCGGCGCCCUUCUCCGGGUCGCACGCAACGUGCCGUCGAAGCGACCAGAAACCAUCAAGCGGCUCGCAACGCAUGCCGUGCGAGUGAUUCACGGGCAGCAAGGCAUCUUCAGCAUCUUCUCGAGAUUCCAGCGCUGGACCUCGAAUAUCCUGCUGUACCCUGCCAUCGAACGGCGUGGCGCCCCAGUGCUGCGCGAGCCCACAACGAGCUGGGUCAGCGUUGAGGAUGGACGCUUAGCUAGGCUGAGUCUUUUAUGGGAGAGAAACCCAGCCGUCCCAGCGACUGAGUCGCAAGCCCUGUGCGCCGCUCUUAAUAGUCUUCGUGCCGCAUUUGUGGUGGUCACCCAGUUGACCGUUCCGGCCCUCGCUCAAGCAGGUCAUGAAGACCCUUGCCAAAUCGAGCCUGCCGCUGUGGAGUUAGAAGAGAUCCAUAGGCGACUGUCCGCUGUACGCCUCGACGAUGUGCUUAAUGUGUUCACAUGGCUUAUUCUGAUCCCGCGGGACUUUGAUCGUAUGAUAAAGGAGGGCAAUAUGUAUGCCAUGGUUAUGCUUGCAUACUAUGCGAUCCUGCUCGAUCGCACCCGCUCCGGUCUAUGGUGGAUUCACCAGCUGCCUCAUCGCUAUGUGUUGAUGGCAGAGCUGGUCCUUGGAAAGGAAAGGAGAGAAUGA